UAGACUAUAAUUUUUUUGUAUCCUCGUAUCUACUACAAUCUUAUUAAACAUUCUUCGUUUCAAAGUAAACGUACGUAAUAAAGUACGUAUUAAAGUAUUGCAAAAAACUCCUAAAGGAAGCUAAAUUUAGUAUGCAGACAAAAUAUUUUUCCUCUCUCGUUGUUAGUAAAUUAGUCAUAAAUGUUUUUCAUGACUUAUUCGAAAGCUAGUAAAGUUUUUUUAAAAGAGAAGCAGCUAUAAUCAAUUGGGGAUAGCAUUAUUAAUAUUUAAUGCUGCUUCGAUGAGGCAGCCAGGCUAUUGCAUUUGCGUAGCGAACAUGCGUGAUAAUCAUUUCUUGCUAGAGAACAGAAAAAAAAGCGAAGUUUCCUGUGUUCUUACUAUGGACAUUUCAGAACAUACAGGUUACAGAGAUUUUGUUUGGGCAAUUGAAUUAAAUCGGUUUGGGUUAAAACUGAUUGGUUUAUGGCCUAAAAUAGAUAAUGUAAUUAAGGGCAACUACACAUCCGAUCUUCGCGUAGUCCUCAUUUUCGUUAUGAUAACAUUCAUCACUGGCAUUCCUCUUGUUUGGUCUCUUUUACGAGUUCGGCACGAUAUGAUACUUGUGAUAGAUAACUUGCAAAUUACACUACCUCUAAUGAUAGUUUCGUUAAAGCUUUUUGUAAUGCGGUGGAAGCGGACAGUUUUCUUAUCACUCAUAAAUAUGAUGGAGGAAGAUUGGAUAGCGUCAAAGUCAAACAUAGAGAGGAACGUGAUGAUGAAGCGAGCGCGGACUGCUCGGACGAUCGUAAUUUGUGGAUACGUUUUGACGACGUUGGGGUUCGUCAUGGUUAUCAUUUUUCCUUUAGUUGGAGUACCAUAUAGACGCUUAACAAAUCUCACAGAUCGAGACAAACCGUUACCGAUCCAAACUUAUUACUUCUACGAUACAGAUAAGAGCCCACAAUUUGAAAUCACGGUUGCGAUUCAAGCUAUAACAUGUUUUUUCGCAUCUGUUGCUUAUACGUCGAUAGACGCUUUUCUUGGACUUGCAGUCUUUCAUAUUUGCGGCCAAUUGGAGAACUUCAAAUACCGAUUGGACAAUUUAAUCUCGUGCAAAAACUUUUAUAGUGCUUUGCGAAGUAAUGUAAUCACUCAUCAACGGCUCAUCAGAUUUGCCAAUAAGAUGGAAGAUACAUUUGCGUUAAUGUUGUUGGGAUUAGUGUUUUAUUUUGGCAUUGUAUUUUGUCUAUAUGGAUUUCUGUUGUUGACUACCGUUGCCGACGAUGGAACCAGUAAAAUACCAUCACGAGUAUAUUUCGUAAUGUUUGGUGUUACUAUUCUUUUAGUACAUACUUUUCUCUACUGCGGAGCCGGAGAGUUAAUAUCGGAGCAGUGCGAAGCAAUAUACCGUACCUUGCAUAAUCUGAAGUGGUACAAAUUAGAGUCAAGGAAUGCCAAAAGUCUUAUUUUAUUAAUGGCACGAACACGCGAACCGUUUCGUAUUACCGCAGGAUAUAUUAUUCCACUAACGAUGGCCACAUUUUGUAGCCUAUUGAAAACAUCGGCUGGUUACAUAUCAUUUUUACUGGCAAAACGAGAUUGAAAGAGAUAAAAAUUAUUAGUAUAUAGUUUGUUUCAUAUUGUGAUAAAAAAUUAAAUGCAGAUUAUUUUUAAUUAUAUUGUUAUAAAUAAAAUUUAAUGCAUAAAUACAAAUAAAAUUGUAUUUUAUUUAGAAAUAUAACAUUUGCAUUAUUUCUUUAAUAAUCGUUAUAUUUAAAAUUUUAAUUUAUUAUUAUAAAAAUUUUCUGUAAUAGACGUUUCUUAAUAUAUGAAAGUUAUUGAUUUAUUUUUAGCAAAAUUGUUUAUACCUUUUUUUAAAAUAAUUUUUUAAAUCCAAAAACAAUAAAAAUAUGUUCCAU